UCAUCAUCCGGACCAAGCCGAGCCCUUUACGGCUCCAUUCUCCUUAUCAUAGCGCUAAGCAUACUCCUCAUGGCUACCCGCUUCACUCUUUCUUGCUCGCUUCAGUAUCCGGCGCUAGCAGUAGCAGCUCGUCACUUUCGAUCCCAGCCAUUUUGCUUAAAAGCUUCUUCUCUUUCUCUUCCCAAAUACUACCCCACCCAACUUCCCAAAUCCCCGCCCUGUCCUCUCUGGUCUUCCUCUUUCUUGCUCUGCCUGCACAGUCUCCACUGGUCAGCCAAAACCUCUACCAGGUCAACAACCACCGUCCGAUCAUUCGCCGCUGCAUCACCGUCAAAAUCCACCGUCUCCCAACCUCCUUCCGGAAUGACCUCCGUCGGCGACAAGAAUCCUCUUCUAACGGACUUCAAUUUCCCGCCGUUUGAUUCGAUUGAGGCCGAGCACGUCCUUCCUGGCAUCCGCGCUUUGCUGAAGGAACUCGAGGGAGAAUUGGAGGAAUUGGAGAAGACGGUGGAGCCGACGUGGCCCAAAUUGGUGGAGCCAUUAGAGAAGAUAAUUGAUAGGAUUACUGUGGUUUGGGGAGCAAUCAAUCACCUCAAGUCCGUUAAGGACAGCUCUGAGCUUCGUGCUGCCAUUGAAGAAGUGCAGCCAGAGAAAGUUGCGUUUGACCUCAAACUGAGUCAAAGUAAGCCAAUUUAUAAUGCUUAUAAAGCUAUACGGGAAUCUCCUGAUUGGGAUUCGCUGAGUGAUGCUCGUAAACGGAUAGUUGAAACAUCAAUUGAGGAGGCCAUAUUGAGUGGCAUUGCUCUUGAAGAUGAUAAAAGAGAGCAAUUUAACAAAAUUGAACAGGAGCUAGCAAAACUAUCGCGAAAGUUUGAGGAAAAUGUUUUGGAUGCCACAAAAAAGUAUGAAAAGGUAAUUACGGACAAGAAAGAUAUUGAAGGAUUGCCUGCUACAGCACUUGGAUUGGCUGCCCAGACUGCAGUUACUAAGGGGCAUGAAAAUGCUACUGCUGAAAAUGGACCAUGGAUAAUCACAUUGGAUGCACCGAGUUUUAUGUCUGUGAUGCAACAUGCUAGAAAUCGAACCUUGAGGGAGGAAGUUUACCGUGCUUAUGUUACACGUGCUUCUAGCGGAGAUCUGGAUAACACACCGAUAAUUGAUCAGAUUCUACAACUUAGGUUGGAAAAGGCUAAGCUUCUUGGCUAUAAUAACCAUGGAGAGGUAAGCAUGGCUACCAAGAUGGCGACUGUUGAUAAGGCACUAGAGCUUCUUGAAAAGAUACGUGCUGCAUCUUGGGAUCCUGCAGUUAAAGAUAUGGAAGACCUCAAGCAAUUCUCUAAAAGUCAAGGUGCUCUAGAAGCUGACAAUCUGAACCAUUGGGAUCUCAGCUUCUGGAGUGAGAGGCUUCGGGAAUCAAAAUAUGAAAUAAAUGAGGAAGAACUUCGUCCUUACUUUUCUUUGCCUAAAGUUAUGGAUGGCCUUUUCAACCUUGCCAAGAUGCUUUUUGGAAUCAAUAUCGAGGCUGCUGAUGGUUUAGCUCCUGUUUGGAACAACGAUGUCCGAUUUUAUUGUGUCAAUGAUUCUUCAGGCAGCACCAUUGCUUAUUUUUAUUUUGAUCCAUAUUCCCGACCAUCUGAAAAGCGUGGAGGUGCUUGGAUGGAUGAAGUUGUUUCGCGAAGUCGUGUAUUGUCACGAGAUGGUGUCUCUCCCAGGUUGCCUGUCGCCCACAUGGUUUGCAAUCAAAUGCCUCCUGUAGGGAACAAGCCUAGCCUAAUGACCUUCCGUGAGGUUGAGACUGUUUUUCAUGAGUUUGGUCAUUCCCUUCAGCAUAUGUUAACAAAACAAGAUGAGGGUUUGGUUGCUGGUAUCCGGAAAAUUGAGUGGGAUGCUGUUGAACUGCCGUCCCAAUUUAUGGAAAAUUGGUGCUACCAUAGGGAUACAUUGAUGGGCAUUGCCAAGCAUUAUGAAACUGGAGAGAGUCUCCCUGAAGACAUUUAUAAGAAACUUCUUGCUGCCAGAACUUUUCGUGCAGGUUCUCUAAGUCUUCGCCAGUUAAGAUUUGCGACCGUUGAUCUUGAGUUGCACACGAAGUAUGUACCUGGUGGUUCGGAAUCAAUCUAUGAUGUUGAUCGUAGGGUCUCAGAAAGAACUCAAGUGCUUCCUCCACUUCCAGAUGAUCGAUUUCUAUGCAGUUUUAGUCACAUAUUUGCUGGUGGAUAUGCAGCUGGAUACUACAGUUAUAAGUGGGCAGAGGUCUUGUCUGCAGAUGCUUUCUCAGCAUUUGAAGAUGCUGGUCUCCAUGACGAAAAGGCAGUAAAAGAAACAGGGAAUAGGUUCCGAGAAACCAUACUUGCUCUUGGAGGUGGAAAAGCUCCACUAGAGGUAUUUGUGGAAUUCCGGGGCCGGGAACCUUCUCCGGAGGCGCUGCUUAGGCACAACGGCUUGCUACCUGUCACAGCGUCUGCAUAAGCUAAAUUUUUGGGUUCAUCAGAUCGAUGGUCAUUUGAUAGUAGAUGGAGGCUAUUUGGGUCGGUCUGGUUAAGAAUACAAUUGCCGCAACAUUGCUAGGCUUAAGAUAUCUACAACCCCAUGGACCCUUUUUUUUUUUUUUUUUGAGGGGUUUAAGAUAUCUACAAGUCCAGGGGCAUUGUUAUUUGUACUUUUAAGGUAGUUUUCUGUCAUCUAGACUUGAUAUAUGGAUAACAACUGACGGGGCUAUGAUAGAAAAGUACAUCUCAAAAAAUUGAGUAAUUGUCACUGGAUUUAUUGGACAUUCAAUAAAUUUGGCAUUGCCUUAAUGUUCGGCA